AUGGACCUCGGUCAACUUAAGGAGCAUGAUGUGGCACCAGCCAAGGAUAUCACAACUUGCGCCGAACCGGCCCCUGUCCCUGUCACCCCCAAUCCGCCACCACGCAACGAGUCGAAUCCUGUAACCCAAAGCGCGACUACUGCCCCUCCAAUUGGCGAGGAGAGAAACGAACUUGAGAACCAAAACGCAUUCGCACAACCAACUUCGGCACAACCAACUUCAGCCACUGAAAGUUUUUGGUCUGUGUUGGACACCGAGAUCAGUCAAACCACGCCUACCCUAGGCCAAACCACACCCGUCACAUCGUUACCUGUGGUGGUUGAUCACGGGAUGAACCAAAGUACACCUGGCCCAUCCUUGCUAUCUCGGUUUGGAUCACGCUCAGUAUCACCUAUGGUUGAUACCAUCAAUCCACAAUAUCUGUUGCCUGGAAUUGAUACUCGUCUAAAUAAAUACAAAAAGCGACAGCAGCUCGAUGAUAGAGAAGCCGAAGGUUCAAACUCUAAGAAGCGUCGAAUGUAG